AUGGCUACACCAUUCCUGAUCUCCUACCCCUCCACCCCCACCUCGGGCCUUUCGCUCAAGCAGAUCGCCUACUUCGGGCGGGUGCUGGUGAAGGUUGCUGCUCGUGCCGAAGCAGAGAAGUUCCUGCGCGAACACUUUCGUCACAUGGAUGUCUAUGUGGAUGCUACUGCCGUCUCCUCCGCCGGCGAUCUGGUCGAUAUUCUCAACGCCGGUGCCGCAAAGAUCUUCAUCACCCUCGACCAAUUGACAGCACUUUCACAGGAACAGUCGGUUCCUUCACCACGACUGGCCGUCUACGCUGUUUCUGACGAUCAACUCGAUAAACUUCAGCAGUGGAUCUCUACCAAUGUCUCCGAGCGCAACGAUGUCAGCGUCUGCACCGAGCCUGCCGCCGCUACCACCGCCGCCACCAAAUUAAACAUCAGCUCCGAGUCCCCACGGCUUUAUAUCUCAUACAAUGAUCAGGCGGUCACUGAAGAUUCCGUGAAGCAGGUCACUCAGCAGGGUGCCAUUGCCAUUAUUCCCUCCCAGACGUUGACCGUCGAGCGGGAUGCGGCGGGACAGCUUUCUGCCGCCAAGCUUCUCGCUUCACGCGCAGUCACUGACCAGUCCAACGGCUUGUAUGCGACAUCUGUGACCGACGAGCGGGGCGCUUGCCUUGGAUUUGUCUGGAGUAGUGACGAAAGCAUUGCCGAGGCCCUGCGCACUGGUACUGGUGUCUACCAAAGCCGCAAGCGCGGACUGUGGUACAAGGGCCAAUCGAGUGGCGACGUGCAAGAACUGAUCCGCAUUGGAUUUGACUGCGAUGCGGAUUGCUUGGUCUUUGUUGUGAAACAGAUUGGACGUGGCUUCUGCCACCUCGGCACUGAAACUUGCUUUGGCGCCUCCGCCGGUUUGUCGCGUCUUCAGAAGACCCUCCUGGAGCGUAAAGCCGACGCCCCCACCGGUUCGUACACUGCUCGCCUCUUCAACGAGCCCAAGCUCGCCGAGGCCAAGAUCAUGGAGGAGGCUGAGGAGCUGUGCCGCGCUACAACCAAGGAGGAGAUUGCCUUUGAGGCUGCCGAUCUGUUUUACUUUGCCCUGACUAAGUGUACUGCCGCCGGUGUGACCCUCGAGGACAUUGAGCGUAACCUGGACCUCAAGAGCUUGAAGGUCAAGCGGAGAAAGGGCGACGCCAAGGGACCCUGGGCUGAGAAGGCCGGCUUGGCUACUGCCCAGCCCAAGCCUGCUCCUACCCCUACUCCUGCCCCCGCCCCUGUUGAGGACCGCUCACGGAUUGAGAUGAAGCGUGUCAUCACCACCGAGGUCUCUGCCGCUGAGGUCAAGGAGUUCCUCAAUCGUCCUUCCCAGAAGUCCAACGACGCCAUUGUUGGUCUGGUGAAGCCAAUCAUCCAGGAUGUUCGUGAGAAUGGUGAUGCUGGCGUGCUCAAGUACACCCAUAAGUUUGAGAAGGCCACCUCAUUGACCUCUCCUGUCAUUCACGCUCCCUUUGCACCCGAGCUGAUGAAGCUCACCCCCGAUGUCCAGGAGGCUCUCGACGUUUCCAUUGGUAACAUUGAACGCUUCCACUCUGCGCAGAAGGGCAGCAACGAUGCCCUCUCUAUGGAGACCAUGCCCGGUGUGGUCUGCUCUCGCUUCUCUCGCCCUAUUGAGCGUGUUGGUCUGUACAUUCCCGGUGGUACCGCCGUACUGCCCUCCACUGCUAUGAUGCUGGGUGUGCCCGCUAUGGUGGCCGGUUGCCAGAAGAUCGUCUUGGCCUCUCCUCCCCGUGCCGACGGCAGCAUCUCCCCCGAGAUUGUCUACGUCGCACACAAGGUUGGAGCUGAGAGCAUCGUUCUGGCUGGUGGUGCUCAGGCCGUGGCCGCAAUGGCUUACGGUACCGAGAGCAUCACCAAGGUUGACAAGAUCUUGGGUCCCGGUAACCAGUUCGUGACUGCCGCCAAGAUGCUUGUCUCCAACGACACUUCCGCGGGUGUUAGUAUUGAUAUGCCUGCCGGUCCCAGUGAGGUUCUUGUCAUCGCUGACAAGACUGCCAACCCCGCCUUCGUUGCCUCUGACCUGCUGAGCCAGGCUGAGCACGGUGUCGACUCGCAGGUCAUUCUCAUUGCUGUUGACCUGAACGAAGAGCAGCUGCGUGCCAUUGAGGACGAGGUUGAUGCUCAAGCCCGUGCUCUGCCCCGUAUGGACAUCGUCCGCGGCUCUCUGGAGCACUCCGUCACCUUCGUCGUGAAGGACAUCAGAGAGGCGAUGGCUUUGAGCAACGAUUACGCCCCCGAGCACUUGAUCCUGCAGGUUGAUGGUGCCGAGGCUAUCGUUGAGCAGGUCCAGAAUGCUGGCAGUGUCUUCAUUGGCCCAUGGACCCCCGAAAGUGUUGGUGAUUACUCCGCCGGUGUCAACCACUCUCUGCCUACCUACGGAUAUGCCAAGCAGUACUCGGGUGUUAAUCUUGGCUCCUUCUUGAAGCAUAUCACCAGCUCUAACCUGACUGCUGACGGUUUGCUGGCGCUGGCCAAGACUGUUGAGACUCUGGCCGCUGUCGAGGGACUAGAUGCGCACAAGCGGGCAGUCAGCAUCCGUGUUGCGCAGAUGAAGAAGGACCGCUCUUAG